UCCACUUCUCUACAAACUUUUGUCACAUCUUCUACCAUCACUUCUUUAGCAUUGUUCAGAAAAAUAACUCAAACCAGACACAAACAUUGACCAUUACAGAAAUCUCUUUCAACACAAGAUUUUUUUUUUGAGUUCACAAAAAAAAAACCUAGUUUGAAACCUCAAAAAACCAUUUUCAUCCAACUCCUGAAAAAUGUGGUAUUUUAUAUUUAUUUUCCUAAAUUUUUCAAUGUUUUUGUUCUUAAACCCACCAUUUGUUUGUGGAAAUGCUGAGUUGAAAGCACUUUUAGAUUUGAAGUCAAGUUUGGAUCCACAUGGUCAUUUUUUGUCUUCAUGGACUAUUAAUGUUAAUCCUUGUGAUGAUUCAUUUGAAGGCGUGGCUUGUAAUGAAAAGGGUCAAGUUGCAAAUAUUUCUUUGCAAGGAAAAGGGCUUUUUGGUAAAUUAUCACCAGCCAUUGGUGAUCUUAAGCACUUGACAGGAUUAUAUUUGCAUUACAACUCUUUGUAUGGUGAUAUACCAAGAGAAAUUGCUAACUUGACUUUGCUUAGUGAUUUGUACUUGAAUGUUAAUCAUUUGUCUGGUGAAAUCCCUCAUGAGAUUAGUAAAAUGGAGAAUCUUCAAGUUUUGCAGCUUUGUUAUAACCAAUUAACAGGAAGCAUACCAACUCAGCUUGGUGAUUUGAAAAAACUUAGUGUUCUUGCCCUUCAAUCAAACAAGUUAACUGGAGCUAUUCCUGCCAGUUUAGGUGACUUAGGAAUGUUGACGAGGCUUGAUUUGAGCUCUAAUAAUCUUUUUGGUUCGAUUCCAACUAGACUAGCUGAUGUUCCUCUUCUGCAUGUUCUUGACGUUCACAACAAUACUCUUUCUGGGAAUGUACCUCCUGCUUUGAAGAGACUAGACGAGGGAUUUGUGUACGAAUACAAUUUGGGACUAUGUGGAGAUGGAUUUUCAUCCUUGAAAGCUUGCAAUGCUUCAGAACAUGUCAAUCCCAACAGACCUGAACCUUAUGGAGCAGGAGUUGGUUCUAUAUCAAAAGAAAUUCCCGAAACCGCAAAUAUAAAGUUGCCUUGCAAUACAACUCGGUGUCAAAAUUCGUCAAAAUCCAAAAAAGCAGCAUCUAUUACCAUUGGCAUAGUUCUUGCAACAAUUGCAGUGUCAGCAAUUGGCAUUCUGAGUUUCACAAUGUAUCGUCGGAGGAAGCAAAAGCUUGGAAGUGCGUUUGAUAUCACUGAAAGCCGUCUAAGUACCGAUCAAACAAAGGGUAUAUACAGGAAAAACGGUUCUCCUUUGGUUAGCCUCGAGUAUGCAAACGGAUGGGACCCUUUGGCCGAUAGUAGAAAUUUUAAUGGAGAUAGGGAAGAUAUGUUCCAGAGUUUCCGGUUCAACUUGGAAGAAGUCGAAUCGGCUACUCAGUAUUUCUCGGAGUCGAAUUUGUUGGGGAAGAGUAACUUUAGUGCAACAUAUAAAGGAAUUUUAAGAGAUGGGUCUGUUGUUGCUGUUAAGAGCAUUAGUAAAACUAGUUGCAAAUCAGAUGAAGGUGAAUUUCUUAAAGGGUUGAACAUUUUGACUUCAUUGAGGAAUGAUAAUUUGGUUAGGUUUAGAGGAUUUUGUUGUUCGAGGGGACGAGGCGAAUGCUUCUUGGUUUAUGAUUUUGUUUCUAAUGGAAAUUUGUCGCGAUACCUUGACAUUAAGGAAGGUAAUGGAGAAGUGCUUGAAUGGUCAACUAGAGUUUCCAUUGUAAAAGGAAUUGCUAAAGGCAUAGCAUAUUUGCAUGCAUACAAAGCAAACAAACCAGCUCUUGUUCACCAAAACAUCUCAGCUGAGAAAGUACUCAUCGACCAGCGCCAGAAUCCGGUACUCUCAGAUUCCGGACUAUAUAAGCUUCUCACCAAUGACAUUGUCUUCUCUUCACUAAAGGGUAGUGCAGCAAAGGGUUACCUAGCUCCCGAAUACACCACCACCGGCCGGUUCACAGAAAAAAGUGAUGUUUACGCUUUCGGUGUCCUUCUUUUCCAGAUACUCACUGGGAAGCACAAGAUUACCACCUCAAUGCGCCUCGCUGCGGAAUCCUUCAAAUUCCAAGAAUUCAUCGACGAAAAUCUCCACGGAAGAUUCUUUGAAUAUGAGGCAGCUAAACUAGCGAAAAUGGCGCUACUUUGUUCUCAUGACUCUCCUUUUGAGAGGCCAACCAUGGAAGCUAUUGUUCAAGAACUUGGCAAUUGUAGUAGUUGUAUUUGAUUUGAAAUUUUAAUCAAAUACUUUAACCAUCACCAUUACACCUUUUUCUAUGUUGUUUUGUAACUGGCUAAUGAAAACCUUUGUGAUGGUGGUGAUUUUGUAAUGCAUGAACAUGACAUUGUUCUAUGUCCUUACCUAAAGGACUAGCUUUUGUGUUAAUGUGUUGGAUAGUAGGUUGUAGCUUAGGACUGGAUUUUUAUUUGUCAUUUAUUUUCUUUUCUAAUCAUGAGAACUCUAUAGCAUCAGUUAGUCCUUUAAUUUAUUGUUGCUUACUUUA